AUGUCCUUUAGGGAUCUGUGUCCCCGUGCAGGCCCUCAGAAGCAGCUCGGGAAGGGGCCGAGUAACCCUUUCUGUGAAGGUGAGACUGGCCCUUGGACGUUUGCCCAAGAACCGACAUCGGGUGUGCUGAAACGUGGGGGCAACAUCGAUACGAGUCUCCUGCAGGCGAAUGCGUUCCAGUGUAGACGCACCAAAGUAGAGGCAGUUGUGGUGUGUUGGUACAGGCGGUUGCGUUUCUUAGAAAUAAAACGAAGCAUCACCAUGGUGGGCUUUUGCUUAUCCACCAAAUUUGAUAGGAGUCGUAGAAAAUCCACAGGAUGGACGUUUGCCCAAGAACCGACAUCGGGUGUGCUGAAACGUGGGGGCAACAUCGAUACGAGUCUCCUGCAGGCGAAUGCGUUCCAGUGUAGACGCACCAAAGUAGAGGCAGUUGUGGUGUGUUGGUACAGGCGGUUGCGUUUCUUAGAAAUAAAACGAAGCAUCACCAUGGUGGGCUUUUGCUUAUCCACCAAAUUUGAUAGGAGUCGUAGAAAAUCCACAGGAGUAUGUGAGCAAAUCAGUGUGGGCGUGGCAAGGCUUCUACUUCAAAUGACAGGAACAGAUGUGUUUGGAAUUACUGUACCUCUUAUUACCAGCACUACGGGAGAUAAACUGGGAAAGACAGCUGGCAAUGCAGUUUGGCUGAACAGAGAUAAAACUUCUCCAUUUGAGCUGUAUCAGUUUUUUGUCAGACAACAAGAUAAUGUAGUUGAAAAAUACCUGAAACUCUUCACCUUCCUUCCUCUUGAGGAGAUUGAUCACAUCAUGGAAAUGCAUGCUAGAGAACCUGAGAAAUGGGGCCCCCAGAAGCGACUUGCUGCAGAAGUAACCAAGCUUGUUCAUGGUAGAGAGGGGCUAGAAUCUGCUAAGAGGUGCACCAAGGCCCUUUAUUACAGCAGCCUGGAAGCACUGGAAGCUAUGUCUGACGAGGAGUUACAGGAACUUUUUAGACAAGCUUCUUCAGCUGAAUUGAUGCUUGAACCUGGAAUGAGUAUUCUUGACUUGUGUCGCAAAGCAAAUGCCAUUCCAGAUGGACCCAGUGGGUACCAGAAAAUUACAAAUGGUGGAGUUACAAUAAAUGGGAUUCGAGUAACAAAUCCUGAGACUGUUCUUAUUCUCGGACAGCAUAUUCUCAAGAAUGGAGUAUCAUUGCUUAGGAUUGGAAAGAAAAAUUACUACAUUAUAAAAUGGCUGCAGUUGUGACAACAAAGCAUUUCCCUAAAACAACAUAUCCUUUCGACUGUUGCUCAAAGAAGUACUUGAAGAUGUUUCUACACUGUGCAUUACUACGCAGCUCACAGAUGUAUUCUUAAAUAUACCAACAGAGUUCAAAUAAAGGCAGCUAA